GGAUUGCUAGUAGUAUAGUAGUGGUUAAGUAGGAGAGUGGAGACCGCCUCCUCCCCUCCCCCAGCCAUCGCCGCACAGACUCACGCCAAGCUCCGCUCCUCCCCCUCCCGCCUCGAUCCCCAAAGGCCCAAACCCUAGCGGGCGCGAAGGAGGAGAGAGCCGCGUGCGGGUCGAAUGGAGCCGCAUGUGUUCCACAGGGCGCUGGGGCUCUCGCUCGUCGGAGGCCUUAGCACCGCCAUCGGUGCGCUUUUUGUGGUUUUGAAUCCUGCCCCUAACCUGAAGAUGCUUGGCCUUCUACAGGGUUUUGCUGCCGGACUUAUGUUGAGCAUCUCCUUUCUAGACUUGGCACACAAUGCACUGAAUUCUAUUGGCUUCUUGAAGGGCAACCUCUGGAUAACAAGGAGCAACCUGCAGUUUUUUGCAGGAGUUCUUUUCUUUGGUUUCAUUAUCAAGUUUAUUCCAGAGCCAGACUUUUCACCACAAGCUGAUUCAAGUGAGAAACAGGCUGAUGAUGGUGGGUCGGGUAAAGAUAUGAUGAGAAAACAUCGUCGGCAGGUGUUAUUCAGUGGUAUUGUCACCGCUGUUGGAAUUAGCUUGCACAAUUUCCCAGAGGGAAUGGCAGUAUUUCUUGGGUCCGUCAAGGGUCUUCACGUGGGUCUGAACUUGGCCAUUGCUAUUGCUUUACAUAACAUACCAGAGGGGGUUGCUGUAGCUCUUCCACUAUAUUUUGCUACCAGGAGUAAGUGGCACGCAUUUUUUACUGCAGCAUUCUCCGGAUUGGCUGAGCCACUAGGAGUGAUCGUUGUAGCUUACUUGUUUCCUAGCAACUUGAAUCCUGAAAUUCUUGAAGGCCUAUUGGCAUCUGUUGGUGGUGUUAUGGCAUUUCUCACUUUGCAUGAAAUGCUACCUCUUGCAUUUGACUAUGCUGGCCAGAAGCAAGCCGUCAAAGCAGUCUUUGUUGGCAUGGCCUGCAUGUCUGCAAGCUUGUACUUCUUGGAGAUCAGCCUACCAAAGGAGAUAAGCUUGUAGCCUUUCAGCUGUAGCGCCGCAAGUUCUUCACAGCCUAGUGUCCACCGAAGCUGAGAUCUUGUCAGUAGAUCUUGAUUCCUGAGCUUUGGCAGGCAGGGGGAUAUGUGUCUGGAGAUUCGUCAUUCGACAAUGUGUUUAGCAAAACAUCAGAACAAAAGCGAGAACUAUGGCGAGAUUAACUGCAUUUCCCCGGAAUGUAACAACAAAAUUUGUUGUAACUAUUCUGUACUAUUCUGCCAGUAAUCUGUACUAUUCUGCCAGUUGUAACUGAAGGCGUCAAAUUGUUGUUAUAAACUCGGUGGGGGCAUGCUUGGAUCAA